AUGACAUCUGAUCCAAUAACAUCUAACUUCACAACACAGUCUACAUCAAUAUUUGAUACAGCUCCAUCUUUAAGACUUGGUAUUUGGAUUACAACAGGUUGUGCAUGCUUUGCCUAUGGACUUGGUUUUGUUGGUAAUGUUUUAUCAUUAAUAGUAUUUUGCACACAAGAUGAAUUUCGAAAAAUUUCAACUGGUCUACUAUUUAUGUUAAUAACAAUAUCAAACUUUAUACAUUUAUGGACAUUAGCUUCAGAUUAUCUAACUGUGUACAAUUAUGCGCUGUACCCAAAUAAUUAUAUGCAAUGUCGAUAUUCAUAUUAUAUACAAAAUAUUAGUCGUGCAUUGAGUACGUAUUGGAUGGUUACUGUGGCACUCGAUCGCUUAAUUCGUACUGAAUAUCCAAUGCGUUCAAAAAAGAUAUGCACUAAACAUAAUGUAAUUAUAAUAAGUAUAAUUUAUUUUAUUAUUUUUGCUGCAUUUUGGUCUUUUUAUCUCGUACCAGUAGGCAAUCUAAAGUUCAUAUCAGGUUCCUGCUCUUUUACUCAGUCACAAUCGCUUGCUUAUUUUUCUAAUACUGUUUAUUUACCUGUGCGAGCUGUACUAGUUUGUCUUAUUCCAGUAAUGCUUAUGAUUUCAGCAAAUAUACGCAUGAUAUUAAAUAUUCGUCAAUCAAGAAGACGUGUAACAAAUGCUACAACAGUACCUUCAUCAGAUAUGAAUAUUCCAGUACCUAAUAUAUCAAGCUCUACGGGAACGCAUACGCGUCGAAUGUCAGCACUCGAUCGAAUGUUGUUCUAUAUGAUGUUAGCUAAUGCAAUUACAUUUAUUACCACACAAGUCCCAUAUCAUCUUUUUCUCUGUGUAAAAGGUAGUGUGAAAGGAUUAGACUCAAAUACUUCAACAUUUAUACGUGCAGUACUUUUAAUUUGGUCAAGCGUCUAUUUUGGUAUUGCAUUUUAUUUUUAUUGCUUAGCAUCACCAUUAUUUCGUCAAAAAUUUAUUAAAAUGUUGAAGAAAGCUAUUUGUCUUCAAAGAAUAUCUGAAACAAUAACAAAUAGAUCAAAAAGCAUUAGAUGA